CAAUACCUACAACUUUGAACCAUAUUAUUUCAUUUUUUUGCCUUUAAGAUCACUAAAUAUUCAUCCUGUAUCAACAAAGUCAAAAGGGUUCCUCACAAAUUUAAAGUUCUAAAUCACAGUUUUUUUCGGCUUUUGGUAAAGAAGAUGCUAAAUGAACCACGAUCAGUCAACCGUUUGUGGGAAAUUUGAAACGGAAAUAAUGGAUCGAAUUCAUGGAACAAAACCAAGAUUUUCUUUAGUUUCAGAGUUAUGAAUUUGAUCACCAGAUGGAGAAACUUAAACUGACAAUAAGAGGAUGAUGGAAGAUUUGAUUUACCGGAAUUUAAGUUCGGUUUCAUGUUGUGUUAUACUUUGCAUCUUCAUAGCCAUCCAACCAACUUGUUCACAAGAAGGUUUUUUAAGUAUACAAUGUUGUGCCGUUUCCAAAUUCAUCGAUCCGGAUAACAACAUAUCAUGGAUCCCAGAUGAUAAAUGGUUUUCCGACAAUCGACAAUGUCAAGACAUAAUAACACCCUUACAAAAUGGUACUACUUAUGAUCAUGCUAGGUUUUUUGGAACAAAAUAUGGUACAAAAUGGUGUUAUGAUUUGCCAACAAAAAAGGGUCAGAUUUAUCUGAUUAGGGGCACAUUCCCUUUGGGAGAUAUUAAUGCAUCACCUACAGGGGCAUUUUUUGAUGUUUUAGUAGGUGUAACGCCUAUAGGGCGAGUUAACUCGUCAGAUGAAACCGAAGUUGAAGGGGUUGUACGAGCUACUAAUGAUUAUAUCAACUUUUGUUUAUUACCAAAACAAGGAAAUCCUUAUGUUUCCAAGAUUGAAUUAAGACCGUUGGAUUCGGAUUAUGGAGAGGUUUCGGGUGUUGUCAAACUCGUGCAUAGAGUUGAUGUUGGGAACACUGGAGAAGAAAUCCGGUUUCCACAAGACCCGUAUGACCGAAUUUGGAAACCCGACUCAGAUUUGAACCAAAACGGCACUUCCACGUCACUAGAAAACCGUAAUAUCAUUGUUCCAAACAGCAUAAAAACACGACCUCCUCUUCGAGUGCUACAAACAGCUCGAACACAUUCAGAUCGUUUAGAAUUUUGGCAUGAGUUUCAUUCAGAGUACAAUAAUUAUAUUCUCAACCUCUAUUUUUUUGAACUCGAAGGCACGGUGCAAACUGGCCAACGCGUGUUUGAUAUAUACAUCAACGACGUAAAAACACAGCAGAUCGAUAUAAUGUCGGCUGGUUCAAACUACAAGGCUACUUCUAUAAACUUCGAAGCGAACGAUUUUUUUAACUUGACCAUACGAAAAACUACUAAUGGAUCCGAGUUGGGUCCGAUUUGCAAUGCUUAUGAAAUUUUUCAAGCUCAACAGUUGCUUCAAGCUACAGAUCAACAAGAUGUGGAUGCGAUUUUGGUCAUAAAAAAUGAGCUGUUGGUGGCGAACCGGGAUAAUGAGGUGUUAGAAAGUUGGACAGGUGACCCGUGUCUCCCGCAAAGCUGGACCGGGGUGACAUGUAACCAAUCGAAUGGAAAAACGGUCAUUACUAAACUGGAUCUAUCUUAUGGCAAAUUUAAAGGACCACUUGCACAGGGCAUCACUAUGCUAACUCAUCUUAAGGAACUGAACGUUAGCAAUAAUCGUUUCAACGACAGGAUUCCUGUGUUCCCAUCUUCUUCUGUUCUCACCUCAAUGGACCUAAGAAACAAUGAGUUCAUGGGAAGGAUUCCAGACUUGCUUACUUCCCUGCCACACUUAACACAUCUAUACUAUGGAUGCAAUAAGGAUUUCAACAAAGAGAUUACCACAAGUCAAAAUACAUCUAGGAUUGCUACAGACAACGGAAUGUGCAGAGAAGAGAAAUCACCACAUCCGACACACACCGUUUUCAUAGCAGCAAACGCGGGUGCAGCCAUUUUAGUUACAGGAGUACUUGCCUGCGUAAUUUGCUUUUACAAAAAAAGGAAGAAGGCCAACAAAAGAUCAGAAGGGAGAAUACCUACAAUGACCAAGAAUGCGAUUUACGCAAUGCCAAGCAGUAAGGAUGAUAUCGGUUUAAAGGAGAUAUCCAUAAAGAGCUUUACUCUUGAGCAGAUAGAAAGUGCGAUACAAAAUUAUAAAACUUUGAUUGGUGAAGGCGGGUUUGGGUCCGUUUACCGUGGGACCCUAGUGGGUCGAGAAGUAGCUGUAAAGGUGCGAUCAGCAACUUCGACACAGGGAACCCGUGAAUUUAACAAUGAGUUGACACUUUUAUCAGCUAUUCAGCAUGAAAAUUUGGUGCCACUUCUUGGUUAUUGCUGUGAAAAUGAGCAACAAAUUCUUGUUUAUCCGUUUAUGUCUAACGGGUCGCUACAAGAUCGUCUUUACGGUGAAGCGUCUAAACGACGAGCUCUUGACUGGCCCACGAGACUUUCGAUAGCUUUAGGAUCUGCUCGAGGUUUGAGCUAUCUUCAUACAUUCUCGGGGGGUUCGGUCAUACACAGGGACGUGAAAUCAAGCAACAUACUCCUAGAUGAUAGCAUGUGUGCCAAGGUGGCAGACUUCGGUUUUUCGAAGUAUGCACCUCAAGAAGGGGAUAGUAAUGCCUCCUUAGAAGUAAGGGGAACCGCUGGAUACUUGGAUCCAGAGUACUAUUCGACCCAACAUUUGUCGGCCAAGAGUGAUGUCUUUAGCUAUGGAGUUGUGUUGCUUGAGCUAAUCACGGGUCGGGAACCUCUCAAUAUACAUAGGCCGCGAAAUGAAUGGAGCUUGGUUGAAUGGGCAAAACCUUAUAUAAGAAACUCAAGAAUAGAAGAAAUAGUGGAUCCAAGUAUAAAAGGAGGAUAUCACACAGAGGCUAUGUGGAGAGUUGUGGAAGUAGCAUUAGCAUGUACCGAGCCAUAUUCCACUUACAGACCGUCCAUGAUAGACAUCGUUCGCGAGCUAGAAGAUGCUUUGAUUAUAGAAAAUAACGCGUCUGAAUACAUGAAAUCAUUGGAUAGCUUUGGGGGAUCCAAUCGGUUUUCCAUUGAGAGACCAAUUUUUAAUAUACCCUUACCUUUACCUACGACAACGCCAUCAGAGUCGUCAUCUGUACUUACGCAACCUGCUGUUCCGAAACCACGAUAAAUUUGUGUCUUAAUGUAGCAAAUGGUGAAUAAUAUUAAGUAAAUAUGCUUAAUUUCGGUUCAUUUUUUAUGGAGUAGAUUUAAUCAGAGAAGAAAAUUAUCCUGA